CUUAUCUAAUAGCAGAAAUAGAAUAUGGUCAAAAGCAACGAAUAGAAUUUUAAUUAUACUUAAUAAAUUAUACAUCAUUCUACACCUGAAUACACCCCAGAAUCAGGAGUAGUUAUAUAAAAAUUUAUUAGGUUCAGGUCAUGUACUAUUAUUUGCAGAUAAAGAAGUAGCUGAUUUAUCUUAAGAAAUUGGAAUAUUAUCAUGUGGAAUCUAAUAAAAAGAUUUAUCAAGAUAUUGAACAUUAUAUUGGUUUACACUUAAAUUUGAAGCAAUUUAAAAAAAUGGAAAAUUGA